AUGCAUGAAACAAUUCCGUCAACCAAGGCCGCGACCCGCGAGCUCCCUGGGCACGACAUCUUUUGCACCCCCGAGAACAGUGACUUUGUCUCUCAAGUACCGUAUCAGAGUCUUAGUACUACAGAAAGAGAGAUCCGUCUCCUCAAGAUCCUUCCUGACUCGGGGUCGGGUUCCAUCGAAUGCGAACUGCUACCAACUGUAAAGCUCGCCGACGUCCAGGAACAGUAUCUCGCCCUCUCUUACUGUGCAGGCAGUGCGAGAAAUACGAGACCUAUCAAAGUUAACGGUUCUGGAUGCAACAUCUUUGCCAAUCUUCAUCAUGCCUUGAUGGAAGCUCGUCACUACUGGCAGACACACGCCGAUCAGCAAGACUUGCUGCUUUGGGUCGAUCAGAUAUGCAUCAACCAGUUCGAUCUAGCGGAAAGAUCUCACCAGGUUGGAUUCAUGAGAGACAUUUACGAGAAAGCACGACAAACACUGAUCUGUCUAUCAACCCCCGAAGCACACGGGGAAGACAUGAGAUGGCUCGUUAUGCGCAGACUCGACCUAGAGCUGGAACGCGUUUCCUGGCGCCACUUCUACGGUGACCACCAUAAAACUGAGCUGGGCUUCGAAGAGCGUUGGGCUGCCUCACUUGGUGUUGCUAAGAGCCCGUGGUGGACCAGGGCCUGGGUAUUUCAAGAAUUCAUCGUGUCCACACAAGCAACGUUUCUUUAUGGAAGACAUUCAAUGUCUUACUUAGACUUCGCUAUCUUGACCGCAGGAAUCCCAGGCCCAGAGACACCGCCACCUGGAUUUAUUGUCGUAAUACUUAACGGCCAUUUCCAGAAAGAGAAAACGGAAAGCACCAUGUCCAAAAUGAGGGGGUUUCUGAUUGCAAAACUCAAACAGUCCAGGACUACUGACCUCAAAGUUCUUUUGUCUUUUACGAAGAAUUGCCAGGCCACCGAUACAAGGGACAAGAUUUACUCAAUUCUGGGUCUCGCUGAACCCGGCUAUGGAAUCGUUCCCGACUAUUCUGGCAAUGUUGCCAUAAACGACCUUGUGGUGGAGACUACCAAGAAGAUCAUACUAUUCGAGGACAGCUUGAUGGUACUAUCGUAUCUAGAUCGAGACAAAAUCUUUUACCGCUAUCCAAGAGGAACAUUGCCUUCCUGGGCAAUCGACUGGACGGAUAGUGCAAGCUUUGGACGUCGUUCCAGCAUAAGCGUUGUAUCCGAUUAUGCAUUUCCUAGAUUCGUGAGUUAUCAGCCCGAUGGAAUCACACCAGCAUCGCUAGACGCCGUUUUCAUGCAACUGCCGCAUCCUCAGUACCCCCCCGAAACACAAAUCACGGCCAUUCAGGUAUGGGCCGUUUUUCUAGAUGAUGGCUUCUAUAGAAACGGUGACAGCUCGUAUACAUUCCAAGGCUCUCGGGGAUUCGUUGUUCGCGGCUGGGAUUGGGAUGGGCUGGAGGUAAACAGUGACUAUGAGCUAUGGGCUGUUCGUGGUGCGGUAGAACCUCUUCUCCUGUGCAAGUACUCCUAUGGGUACCGGAUAGUGAGACCUGUCUAUUGUGGCAAUUUGGCCAAGAAGCUAUUGCCGCCACAUGACCAGAAUAGGGCUAGUUAUUAUGAUGGUACGUUCGAUAUGAGCAAGAUGGAGCAAACUAGAAUCAUUAUAUUCUAA